AUGAAUGAAACGAUUGAUGCAAAUGAGACCAAACGGGAAGAACUUCUCGAAAGACAUCGAUUGGAGAAAAAACAAUUGAAUGAACCGGUCGACAGAUUGACGGAUCAGUUGAGUGCCGUUAAAGUAGACACAAUCGCAAGUGAUUUAUCCCAAGACACGGAAGUGAUAGCAAACGGAAUCAAAUACAAUGAGACGAAGAUAUCGAAGGCUCAGAAGAGAAGGGAUGCAAAGGCUUUGAAAGAGAAACAAAGACAACAACAGAUAAUUGACGACACGAUCGAUGACUCAGAAAACGAACGGCUUAUCGAAGCGGAAAAGUUGAAGAAUAUUCUUGUCUCUCGAGGACUGGUAAUGCAUGACAUCGCCUCCGAUGGCGACUGUAUGUACCGAUCAAUCGUUCAUCAGUUAAGCCUUCAAAACAUUACGACCGAUGUCUCCGAAUUGAGACAAAAGACAUGCGAUUAUAUGAUGGAUAAUAAAAUAGAUUUCAUACCAUUCCUCACGAGUAAUACGACGGGAGAUAUGAUGAGUGACAGUGAAUAUGAGAACUAUUGCAACGAUAUCGCGACCACUAAGUCAUGGGGCGGACAGUUAGAGCUGAGAGCCAUUUGCCAUAUCUUUCGGGUGGCCAUUGAAGUGAUCCAAAGUGUAGGCAAUUCUGUACUUAUCGGACACAACGACUCCAACACUGAUAGACCUCUUAUUUUGUGUUAUCUGCGAUACGCGUAUAGCUUAGGAGAGCAUUACAAUAGUGUCCGCAAUAAAUAA